GCAGCGCUGCUCGGCGCCCGCGCUAACCUGGCGGGGCAGAUCUGCCCGGAGACGGUGACCCCGGGUCCCCGUCCGGGGCUGGCGCGAGAAAACUGGUGCGAGGGGACCCGAAGGAGCAGGGAGACCAGGGAAGCGUGUGUGUGAUGCAGAAAACGGGGCACGGGGCUGCGAGCCGGAGCCGCAGAUCUGGGUCAGCGCCCACCCCCGGGUAGCGGGCGGCCUCCUCUAGGAGUGGGCGGGCUCUGGCCGGCGGCCGCUUUCGAUUUCCUUUUCCAGUAAAGGGCUGCUCUUCCAGGCAGCGCCGCGGGGCCGGCCGGUUCCCGGGACUUUCUGGGAGCGCCCCCGUCCCCGCUCGUCCCCGCCCCUACCUGUGGCCCAGCGCCGCAGUCCUCGGCUGGGUCCGCGGGGCCAUCGCAGCAUCCUCGGCCGUGGCACCGGGCAGCACCGCGCCAUGGUCCGGGCUGCCCUCGCCUGGCUGGGCGCCGCGCUGCUCCUGCUGGCCGACUGGGCGCUGCUCCGGCCCGCGCUGCCGCGCACGGUCUCGCUGCUGCUGCCCGGGGCGCCCCUGCUGCUCCGGGCCUGGGUGCUGGGCCUGUGCCGCUGGGCCGUGCUGGGGCUGGGGGUCCGCGGUGUCCUCCGGGCAGCGGUGGGCGCCCGGGUCCCCGGCUGGCUGGGUGCUCUGCAGCCGCUGGCAGCCGCGCUGGGCUUGGCCCUGCCCGGACUCGUCUCGUUCAGGCGGCAGGUCUCCUGGGACGCCGACAGCACCGGGCCGCUGCGCUGGGGAAGCCGCCCGGACGCCUUCGUCCUCGGCUAUGCGGCCGCCCUGCCCGCCGCUGCCCUGUGGCACACGCUCGGGAGCCUCUGCGUGCCCGGCGGCGCUGGGCCCUCGGUGCGCCGGCUGCUAGGCCUCCUGGGCGCUGAGAUUCGCCGGCUCCCGCCGGUUUUGGCUUUGCUGACCCUCUCCUGCCUGGGGGAGAUGGCCAUUCCGUUCUUCACAGGCCGCCUCACCGACCGGCUGCUGCGGGACAGGACGGCCACCGACCUCACCUGGAACAUAGUGCUCAUGUCCGUCAUCACCAUAGUGAGUGCGCUGAUGGAGCUCGUCUGCGACGCCCUGUACCACAGCACCAUGGGCCGCGCCUCCCACCGGCUGCAGGCACAGGUGUUUCAGGCUGUGCUAGGCCAGGAGACUGAAUUCUUCCAGAAGAACCAAGCAGGUGUCAUCAUGUCUCGGGUGACAAGUGACACGUCCACCAUGUGUGAGUCUCUGAGCUCCGAGCUGAGCCUGCUGCUAUGGUACCUGGUGCGAGGAUUGUGUCCCUUGGUGUUCAUCCUCUGGGGGUCACCGUCCCUCACCCUGGUCACCCUGGCUUCCCUGCCUCUGCUGUUCCUCCUGCCCAAGCAGCUGGGAAAGUGGUAUGAGUCACUGGGAGUACAGGAGUCAGAGUUUCUGGCAGAGUCCAGCCAGGUGGCCAUCGAAGCCCUGUCAGCUAUGCCUACCGUCCGGAGCUUUGCCAAUGAGGAGGGUGAGGCCCAGAAGUUCAGACAGAAGCUGGAGAAAAUAAAGACCCUCAACCAGAAGAAGGCUUUGGCCUACGUCUUCAACCAGUGGACCACCAGUGUCUCGGGGAUGCUGCUGAAGGUGGCAACCCUGUAUGUCGGUGGGAAGCUGGUGAUGGGGGGCGCUGUCAGCAGCGGAAACCUCGUCACAUUCGUCCUCUACCAGCACCAGUUCGUCUCGGCUAUUGAGGUUCUGCUGCACUGCUAUCCCGGGGUACAGAAGGCCGUGGGCUCCUCAGAGAAAAUAUUUGAGUACCUGGAGCGGACUCCUCAAUGCCCACCCAGUGGCCUGUUGACUCCCUUAAGCAUGGACGGCUGCGUCCAGUUCCAAGAUGUCUCCUUUGCCUACCCAAACAAUCCCAGUGUCUUGGUGCUGCAGGGCCUGACAUUCACCGUGCGUCCCGGGGAGGUGACGGCCCUGGUGGGACCCAAUGGCUCUGGGAAGAGCACCGUGGCCGCCCUGCUGCAGAAUCUGUACCAGCCCACGAGGGGCCAGGUGCUGCUGGCUGGGCAGCCGCUGCCCCAGUAUGAGCACCACUACCUGCACAGACAGGUGAGCAGGGCGCGGCAUGAGGAAGAAAAGGUUCUCGCUGAGCUCGUGAAAGGAGGGUUGGAGGCCAGAGGAGGCCUCGGGUGGAGUUGGGAGUGGGCCCGGAGAGAGUUCCAAGUUUUUUCUUCGCUCUCAAUUUUGUCUCCAGAUAAUCCUACCUCUGAGUCCCUUGUAUUUCACGUCAGGUGGCUGCUGUGGGACAAGAGCCUCGGCUGUUUGGAAGAAGUCUUCGGGAAAAUAUUGCCUAUGGCCUCACCCCGGAGCCAACUCUGGCAGAAAUCAAAACUGCCGCGUGGAAGUCCGGAGCCCACAGCUUCAUCUCGGAACUCCCUCAGGACUACGACGCAGGUCUCAUCUGGGCUCUGGGCUCUGCAGAUGCAGGCGAGGGUGGGAGCCAGCUGUCAGGAGGUCAGCGCCAGGCUGUGGCUUUGGCCCGAGCACUCAUUAGGAAACCCCGUGUCCUCAUCCUGGAUGAUGCCACCAGUGCCCUGGACAAAAACAAUCAGUCACAGGUGCGGCAGCUCCUCUACGCCAGCCCAGAGCGCUGCUCUCGCUCGGUUCUUCUCAUCACGCAGCAGCUGAGCCUGGCGGAGCAGGCUGACCACAUCCUGUUUCUGAAAAAAGGCGUCAUCUGUGAGCGGGGAACCCACAAGCAGCUCAUGGCGAUGGGGGGGCGCUACCGGGACUUGGUGCAGGCCCCCGCGCGCGCUCCGGAAUGAAAGGCUCCUAGGACCUGCGCACUCUCUCCCUGCGCUCUCAGCUCCGGUGCAGAACUGGGAUCUCGGCAGAGCUGCACAGUGGGCGGCUGCCGCUAGGGGGAGUUCCGUGCUAGGAUGCAGCUCCCUGGUGUGCUUAAAGCUUGCCAAGCGUGUUGGCGUCCUCUCCCAGCUCCUCUAGGUAAUGCAGACUUCCUGGAAGACAAACAGGGCUAAUACUCCGUUGUGUAACUGGUUUAUGGCCAGGUUGGUGCUUUGGUGUAAGGCAGAGCUCUGGAAAGGAGAAGAAAUAUUCAGAGCACAGACAGAGGGGAGACCAACUGCUCCGUGUGACCAGAGGCUUAUGCCGGCUCCUGAAUAUCCUGUGGGUUCUUGAUAUUUAUAAUAAAAUCGGUGUUUUGCACUGCGGU